GGAAGACCUGGCUGGUGCUCAGACAAAUAACUCUGUCCUGUCCCAGCACUGCAGAGAGAGAACAGCCUCCGAGCUGAGCGGACAACAUGAAGGUCUCUCUGUUGCUGCUCUUCUUCUUCCUUCAUACUCCCUGCUGCUCCUCUCAGUCUUCUAGAAUCCGGGGAGACGCUCUGGAAAAACCCUGCGCUCAGCAACCCCUGGACUGUGAUGACAUCUAUGCGCAGGGUUACCGAGCUGAUGGGGUUUACCUUAUCUAUCCCUCAGGACCCAGUGUUCCCGUGCCAGUCUUCUGUGAUAUGAACACUGAUGAGGGCAAAUGGACGGUUUUCCAGAAGAGAUUCAAUGGUUCUGUCAGCUUCUUCAGAGGCUGGAAUGACUACAAGCUGGGUUUUGGUCGAGCUGAUGGGGAGUACUGGCUGGGGCUGCAGAACAUCCACCUCCUGACUCUGAAGCAAAAGUAUGAGCUGCGUGUAGACUUGGAAGACUUUGAGAACAAUACAGCCCAUGCCAAGUACACAGAAUUCUCUAUUUCCCCCAAUGCUAUCAACGCAGAGGAAGAUGGCUACACUCUCUAUGUAACCGGUUUUGAAGAUGGGGGAGCAGGUGAUUCUCUUUCCUACCACAGUGGCCAGAAAUUCUCCACCUUUGACCAGGACCAGGACCAAUUUGUGCAGAACUGUGCAGUACUCUCAUCUGGAGCCUUCUGGUUCCGGAGCUGUCACUUUGCCAAUCUCAAUGGCUUCUAUCUGGGGGGGAACCAUGUUUCCUAUGCCAAUGGUAUCAACUGGGCCCAGUGGAAAGGAUUCUAUUAUUCCCUUAAGCGUACUGAGAUGAAAAUUCGUCGUAUCUGAGAGUAGCAUCCCUUCAUAUAACAAUUAUAACCCUCCUUCUUUUCUUUCAUCCGGCUCUCUAUUUAGCUACUGACUUAUGUGGCUAUUCAUUUUUCUACUGACUUCCCAGUCCUUGUAUUUUUGUUAUUUGUCAGUUAACACUUAUUCCUGGGUCCUGAGCUAAUGGCCUUUGCCUUUACUCAGCUAGUAUCAGUCCCACCUAGUUUUAAUUCAUUUUUAUGCCCAGAUAACACUGAGGAAAGUGUUAUACUGGAUACAAGGCAGCCUUGGAGUUAAGACGAGCUGGGUCCAAGUUCUCUAAUACAGAUUACUUAAACUAUCCUGGUGACAUCAUGUAAUCUGUGUCGAACAACAACUCUAUGACAACUACAGAUAAAUGAUCUGACUAUAGGAAUAGGAUUUUUAAACAUGAAAUUCUCCUUAUCAAUUAAAUCACUUGUCUAGACCAAACAAAAAACCCAAACCCAACAAAACUUUGCUAUUAUUUAGCUGUUAAAUCCCUUACCCCAGAUCUAGUUUAUUUUAAUGUCCAGCUAAUACCACUAUCUCUAACUUAAGGCCAAAUUACAUAAUGUUUCUCUCUCCCUAAAAAGGCUGAACGAAUGGUUAACCUCUGUCAUCUGAGUAGAGCUGCUUCCUAACUGUGCCCCCAGAUUUUUUAAUGAGCUGUGCUCACAGACUACCCAAGGAAUAAGCUUAGUUUAGCUGUCAUACUUAGCUACAAACUACAUAUUCACUCCCGAAAUGGUUGAUUUGUGACAUAUGAUUAUGAUUGUCAUUGGGAAUCACCAGAGUCAGUAGUUCAUUAAUUGUGGUCUCUUAAAUUCCAACUUGGAGCCAGCUGCCUUUGGCCAUCUUCCACAGUUGUCAAUUCUUUACUCCAGGGCCAGCUAAUAUCGUGCUGUCACAAUGAGCUGUUAUUAUGUCCCACUGCAGAUCCAACUCCACUCUAAUGUUUAUCUAUAAUGGCUGCCAAUUCUCCUACCCUAGAACUCUACUAGUGUCAUCAUAUCCUUUCCUGAAACCUCAUUCUACUUCAGAGGUGAGUAUCAGAAAUGGCCACACUCCAGUACCAGCUGUUCCUAACCUUUAUUACUUCCAAAGCUAGUUAGUUGCUUUCUGUUCUAUUUCCCAGUUUAUAUUAUAUACUAUUGAUGAAAAUAUGUAAGUUCCAGCCGUCCCACCCCAUCCAAUCAAGUGCAUUUUAGUGGCAAGUAUAAGGAAAGGUGGAAAAGAAAUGAUUCAUUGAUGGGAUAAAACUAUCUUACUACAAUACCUUAAGUCUAUUCCCAGUCAGCAGCAACUACAUUCCUUCAGAUUGUGUUCAGGCAGGAAAACAGAACCCAUCACUACAACAGUUUACUGGGAGCAUAAAGUAGAGAACAAAUAGGAUGAAGAGUAGAUCAGCUAAGAACACAGCAAAGUGAGAACCACAAUUUGUCAAUAAACCUACAGGAAUACCCAAUCUAAAGAAA